CCUCUACCACCACCUCGCUCUUGUCACUCAGCCAGGCCGACACACCUUGACUCCCGUCCUGCUCUUUCACCCAAGCUUUAAUCGCCCCACAGACGCUGCACGCCACCUUCCCCCCCUCCCCUCACACCCCAGGCGUACAAGCCUCGCCCUCUCACCCGCGCAUCCAUCGCGCCGCGCAUCACCGAUGGCUGGCUUCCUUCGCGGCGGCGGCGGCGGUGCCGAGCGCUCGGCGUAUGGCGCACCUGCUGGCGGCGCAGGCCGUGCUGCAUAUGGCUCGGGCGGCGCGGGCGGUGCGGGCUAUGCGCCGAACAUGCCUGGCGGUGCCCCGUCGGCCGGCUACGGCGCCUCGGCCUACAGUGCUGGCGCCGGCUACGAGCCGCGGCGCACCGCCCCGCCCGCCUCGUCGGCUGGCUACCCCGCCGAGAAGCAGCCCGCCGCACCGGCACACGGCGGCGGGCACCUCAUCGUCAAGUGCCCCGAUGCGCUGGUGCUGUCCAACUGCCUCGUCGUCAAUGCGCAGGAGUGGGGCGGCACGCAGUAUGUGCUCGUCGACGGGCGCUUCGUCUUUACUGCUGCCGCCGACACCACGGGCCAGAUCCAGCCGCGCACGCUCGGCACCGCGCUGUUGCAGCGCCAGUGGGCCGGCCUCAGCGCGCAGGGCCACAGCGUGCGCGCCGAGCCGUACGACCCCUUUGCGCACGGCUCGGGCGUGUAUCUGGCCAGUCUCGAUGUUGAGGUCGGCUUCCUCCGCAAGGGCACCGAGAUCGCCGAGUCGUUCGAUGCCGAAGAGAUGCAGCGCAACUUCCUGCGGGCCUUCGAGUCGCACAUCUUCUCCAUCGGCCAGCUGCUGGUCUUUGAAUUCCACGGCCAGAACCUGCGCGCAGUAAUCACGGGCGUCGAGGUGGUUGAGGCCGAGCAGCUGAACCGCAAGGGCGCAAAGGCUGCCCCGACGGGCGGUGCUGCGCCCGUGCGGAGCGACAAGGGCAUCCUGAUGGCGCAGAGCACGGUCAACUUCAUCAAGGCCGGCGACUCGUCCAUCAAGAUCAAGGCCAGCGGCAAGCGCGCGCCGCCGAACGCCAUCUUGCAGCCGAACUUCAAGUUUGAGGACAUGGGCAUUGGCGGUCUCGACAACGAGUUCAGCGCCAUCUUCCGCCGCGCCUUUGCGUCGCGCAUCUUCCCGCCCGCGCUCGUGGAGAAGCUGGGCAUCCAGCACGUCAAGGGAAUCCUGCUCUUUGGCCCGCCCGGCACGGGCAAGACGCUCAUGGCGCGGCAGAUCGGCAAGAUGCUCAACGCGCGUGAGCCGAAGAUUGUGAACGGACCGGAGAUCCUGAACAAGUUCGUCGGCGCGAGUGAGGAGAACGUCCGCAAGCUCUUUGCCGACGCCGAGAAGGAGUACAAAGCCAAGGGCGACGAGUCUGGCCUGCACAUCAUCAUCUUCGACGAGCUCGACGCGAUCUGCAAGCAGCGUGGCUCGACGGGCGGCGGCACGGGCGUGGGCGACUCGGUGGUGAACCAGCUGCUGUCCAAGAUGGACGGCGUCGACCAGCUCAACAACAUCCUGCUCAUCGGCAUGACGAACCGCCUCGACAUGAUCGACGAGGCGCUGCUGCGUCCCGGCCGUCUCGAGGUGCACAUGGAGAUCAACCUCCCCGACGAGCACGGGCGGCGGCAGAUCAUCUCGAUCCAGACGAACAAGAUGCGCACCAACGGCGUGAUGGACGACGACGUCGACCUCGACGAGCUGGCGGCGCAGACGAAGAACUUCUCGGGCGCCGAGAUUGCCGGCCUCGUCAAGAGCGCCACGUCGUUUGCCUUCAACCGGCACGUCAAGGUCGGCACGAUGGCCGGCAUCAGCGACGACGUCGAGGGCAUGCGUGUCAACCGCGACGACUUUAUGCACGCGCUCGACGAGGUGCAGCCGGCGUUUGGCGUGGCCGAGGAGGAGCUGCAGCAGGUCGUCUCGAACGGCAUCAUGCACUUUGCGCCGCACAUUGACGUCAUUCUGCGAGACGGCCAGCUGCGCGUCGAGCAGGUGCGCUCCAGCACACGCACACCGCUCGUCACGGCUCUUCUGCACGGCCCGCCGGGCUCGGGCAAGACGGCGCUGGCGGCGACGAUGGCCAUGGCCUCGUCGUUCCCCUUCAUCAAGCUCGUCUCGCCCGAGAACAUGGUGGGCAUGGGCGAGGCGCAGAAGAUCGCCUACCUCAACAAGGUCUUCAACGACUCGUACAAGUCGCCGAUGAGCAUCAUCGUCGUCGACUCGAUCGAGAAGAUCGUCGAGUGGGUGCCCAUCGGCCCGCGCUUCUCGAACCCGGUGCUGCAGGCGCUGAGCGUGCUGCUGGGCAAGAAGCCGCCAAAGGACCGCCGGCUGCUGGUGCUGGCCACCACGUCGAACCGGCCGAUGCUCGUCGACAUGGACCUCGCCGACGCGUUCCUGGCCGACAUCCGCGUGCCGGCCAUCACGAGCCUGCGCUCCGUCGACCACGUCGUGCGCGAGACGGGCCUGUUCCAGUCGCAGGCCGAGCAUGACCGCUGCAUGAGCCUGCUGCAGAGCGCCGGCAUCGAAGAGAGCGGGCGGCUGAACAUAGGCAUCAAGAAGCUUCUGUCCGAGAUCGAGAUGGCACGCCUUGACUCCGACCCGGCCGACAAGCUGACGGGAGCGCUCAAUGCGGGCUUCUGAAGUGUCAAGCGAUAGAGAUGCACCGAGGCGACCGCUAGACGCGGCCGGCCACAACACACAGCCGGCGUGUGUCAGCUUCAUGCGCCGCCGGGCACGAAUUCUGCUGCCGCUCGAGGCUUAAUGUAUCACGCUGUUGAUAUUUGUGUUC